UCUGAAGUGGUCAGAGUACAGAGAGCAGCUGUGAAGUCAGAGUGGACAACCAGCCUCCCCUGAAGCUAAAGGGUCCCCCGGAGAGGAUGAAGUUCUCUGUGGCAGCCCUCUUUCUCCUCAUCCUCAUCACCACUCCGGCUUUGUACGGCCAGUCAAAAAUUCCUGAGUCGGUGAACCAUUCUCCCACCUGCUGCCUGAAGUAUCAUGAGAAAGUAUUGCCAAAGAAAUUGGUGGUGGGAUACAGAAAGGCCCUCAACUGUUACCUGCCAGCAAUCAUUUUUGUCACCAAAAAGAAUCGAGAGGUCUGCGCCAACCCCAACAACAAAUGGGUCCAAGAGUUCAUCAAGGAUCCCAAUCUACCUUUGCUGCCUCCCAGGAACUUGGCCCAGGUUAAAAGUAUUAGAACAUAGGAAGGCCGACCCCAGCUCGAAGCUCUGAAGCCUCGGUGGGAGUCCAGGUUCCGGAAAGAAAAAUGCAACCCUGUGAAAAUGCAGGUGGCCAUGUGGUCUGGAUGACAGUGGUAUUGAGAGAAGCUGGCCCCUGAUGCAAAAAGUAAUUAAAAGUAUUUCAAACACUU